AUGACUAAACUCACUGACCAACAAAAGAAUUGUAUAGCUUUGAUGAUUAACAAAGCAUUUGAAGAGCUAAAGGAUGACUUUCAAGUGAAACUAAAUCAACAAACUAAACUAUUUGAAGUGAAAUUAAAGGAAAAAGAUGCAGCAAUAGCUGAACUUAGUGAGAAAGUAAAAAGACUAGAAGAAAACAAUGCAAAUUUACCACCUUCUAGUUCACCUACUGUUUGUUACAGCCAAAUUGCUAAGCAACUAGCCAAACCAGGUUCUGAGCUCUCUAAUAAAUUAUCUGAGCUGUCCACACCUGCUUUGGCAUAUGAAAUUGAUGUUAUUGCAAUUGCAGAAACUUGGUUUAAAUUGGAUUUGAUUAAAAUAAUUGAUGGCUAUGAACUGUAUCAGGCAGAUAGAGAUAGAAUUGGAGAAGGUGUUCCCAUUUAUGUAAAUAAAAGACUUACAAAUAUAGAAAUUGUAAAUGUGCAUCUCAACAACAAAGAGAUUGAACAAGUCUGGUGCUCAAUAAAUUGUAAUAAUUUUCAUUUAACUGUUGGUUGUGUAUAUAGACCACCAAACUCUACAGCUGGUUACUCAAAAUUGAUUCUAGAUUCAAUCAGAACCGCUUUAAAACUCAAAAGUGGAAAAAAAUACACUGAUCUCAUAGUGGUCAGAGAUUUUAAUUUUCCUAAUAUAGAUUGGACAGAUGAUGGUCCAAUAAUUUAUUCAAAUGCAAACUCAAUUGAACAUGAGUUUAUUAAAGUUUUAAAUGAUUGUUCUCUAUACCAAAUAGUAAAUUUUUCAACAUUCAAACAAAAUGACUCUGUUUCAGCAGUUAACACCUCUGAUCUUGUUUUAGUUUGCAACCCAAAUUGCAUUGAUUUUUUUCAAUGUGGUCCACAGUUAAGCCACUAUGAAAAGGGACGAUACCAUUACUCCAUCACUUGGCAAUAUUUUACUAGUCUUAGUAACAAUACAGUACUCACAAAAGAUAAGUUUUGCUUUAAAAAAGAAUCUCGAAAGGCUUUUAACAAAAUGUGUGCUAAUGUUAAAAAGCAAAUCAAAAGAUCAACUCGAGAAUACGAAAUGGAUUUAGUAAAGAGAGCAAAGCUUGCGCCAAAACUUUUAUUCUCAUACGCAAAUAGAAAACAAAACAUUAAAACGCAAAUUAGAGCAAUCAAGAACAAAAAAGAUCAAGUUACAACUGAGAUAUCAUACAUUUCAGAUAUAUUAAAUAGGCAAUUUCAGUCAGUCUUUGUUAAUGAUAAUGACCAACCAAUACCCAAAUUCUUGCAAAGAUGUGAAAACCAGUGCGAUUGCAGUAAGUUAUCUAAUAUGAUUACCUAUGAAAAAGUUCUCAAAAUGUUAGAAGGUAUGAAUGAGUCAAAGCAUGCUGCAGAAGGUUUUGUAGACCCAGCUGUUCAUAUUUUCAAAUUAAGCUUUGACACUGGAUGUGUCCCUUACCACUGGUCUGUUGCAAAUGUAUCACUAAUUUACAAAGGAGGAUCAAAACUUGAACCAGAAAACUACAGACCAGAGCAAACUGGUUUUGUUCCAAACAAAUCAUGCACAACAAAUCUUAUUGAGACAAUUGACACAAUUACGUUUGAAACUGCAAAAGGUAAACCGUUAUGCGUCAUAUAUCUUGACUUCGCAAAGGCUUUUGAUAAAGUAGAACACAAAAGAUUAUUGACAAAGAUUAAAGCGUAUGGUAUAACUGGUAAAAUAUAUAACUGGAUUGAAAGUUUUCUUGCAAAUAGGAAUCAAAGAGUUGCUAUUAGUAAUACAGUUUCAGAAUGGGUAUCAGUUACCAGUGGCGUGCCUCAGGGUUCUAUUUUGGGUCCAAUGUUGUUUCUUCUAUUCAUAAAUGACCUCCCAGAAGUUGUGCUAAACACAUUUAAAAUGUAUGCUGAUGAUAGCAAAAUAAUAGCCAUAGAAGAUUCCAUUGAUAAUCAAGCGGAAAUGCAAACCGACCUUGACAACAUUGUGAAAUGGUGCAACAAUUGGGGUAUGGAACUAAACUGCAAAAAAUGUAAGGUGAUGAGAUUCGGCAAUCAGAAAGUUUUUCGAGGUAUUGAUAAAACAUACACAAUGAAUAUAAAUGGAAUGAUUUAUGACCACUCAAACAGUGUACUAGAAAGAGAUCUAGGUGUCUUUGUACAACCGGAUAUGAGGUGGAAGCAUCAAACACAAGUAUGUGUUAACAAAGCUUCAAAAAUACUGGGGUUAAUAAUAAAUGCCUUUGAAAGUAGAGAUUAUUAUAUGUGGAAAAUUUUGUAUACUAAUUAUGUGCGACCUCAUCUUGAAUUUGCGGCUCCAGCAUGGAGUCCUCCAAAUGUGGCCGAAAUCUCAAUGCUUGAAAGAGUUCAACGUAGGGCCACAAAAAUACCAUACUCAUACUGA